AGCCCAUACUGUCUAAUAUUUAUAUAACAAGCAAAAGUUAUCUAUUUCUUGAUCAUUAUUCUGGUUUUACAAUCCACUUUCUCUCCGUUGAGAGUACAAGUGCAUGUGUGCAACGAAAGGCUGUUAGCAAGGUGCCUCAUCAGCCAAUCCAGAUUCUCUUGUGUUCUUUUUCAAUGGCUGUUUCAAUGGUCCACCACCAGGAGUCCUCCUUGCUAAUUCUCGAUGCACUUAUGAUGUUUUUUUGAGUUUUAGAGGUGUAGAUACGUGCAAGAAUUUUGCAGAUCACCUUUACAUGACCUUAGUGCAUGUAGGGAUUCACACAUUUAGAGAUGAUGAUGAAAUUGAAAGAGGAGAGAAGAGAAGAGAUGAAAUUGAAAGAGCAAUAUAUGAGUCAAAAAUAUCUAUUAUUAUCUUCUUAAAAAAUUAUACUUCAUCAACAUGGUCCCUUAAUGAACUUGUAAAGAUAAUGGAACAUAGGAAAUUCUCCAAACACAUUGUUUUGCCAAUUUUCUACGACGUGAAUCCAUCUCAAGUGAAGGAGCAGACAGGGAGUUUUGCAGAAGCGUUUGCUAGACAUGAAGAGAGCUUCAAGUCUGAUAUGGACACGGUACAAAGAUGGAGGGCUGCUUUAAGAGAAGUUGCGGAUUUGGGAGGCAUGCUUCUAGAAGAUAGAGAUAUGAGAAGGAACAGUACCCGUCAAGAAUCUCCUGAUCUUGCAAAACGAAGUAGGUUAUGGCAAAAGGACGCCUUUGAUGCAUUGAGAGAGAAAAUUGGUACAAAAAUAAUCAAGUGCCUUACCAUUGACCUACAAAGAUUGCUGAAAGAGAAGUAUGGAAAGACAAUUGCAAAUCAAAAAAAUCCACUUCUCAUGUCAAAUGAGGUAGAUAUAGAAAUUGAUGCAUUUGCAAAUAUGCAAAGGCUUAAACUAGUUCAACUGGACUAUGUAAAACUUAAAGGAGACUACAAAGACUUUCCAAAAAGCUUAAUAUGGUUGAGUUGGUAUGGUUUUGCUUAAGAAUAUCUUCCUACAAAUUUAGAUAUUUCCAAGCUAGUUGUUCUUGAGAUGUGCAAUAGUAGCCUCAAACGUGUCUGGAAUGAU